AUUUCCGAUCUAACCGGGCACCAACUGUGCCCAAAAAGUCACCAACACUAGCAAGUUCCACGAGAGAGAGAGGGAAAGAGAAAGAGAGCGAAACUUACACCCCACGGCUCUGCAAAGUGCAGACUCCGACACUUCUCCGAUCUGCCCUAAUCAGGAGGCCAUGGCCGCCGCCGCCUCCGCAGAGCAGCAGCAGGGCGCCCUGUGGGACGGCGUCAUCGAACUCACCAAGGCGGCUCAGGAGCGGGGCACUGAGCCCCUGAUGUGGGCGAUUCAGCUCUCCUCCUCCCUCAACGCCGCCGGAGUCGUGCUUCCGUCUCCGGAGCUCGCCAAAUUGCUCGUCUCUCACGUUUGCUGGUCCAACAACGUCCCCAUCGCCUGGAAGUUCCUCGAAAAGGCCUUGAUGAUGAAGAUCGUCCCCCCGAUACUUGUUCUUGCUCUUCUCUCCGCCAGUGUAAUUCCAAGUCGACGGUUCUAUCCUGCAGCUUACAGGAUUUAUCUGGAGCUCCUUAAAAGACAUGCGUUUUCAUUUGCAUCUCAGAUCAAUAGUCCAAAUUAUAAAAAGAUCAUGAAAUCAAUCGAUGAAGUUCUUCAUAUUUCCCAGAUAUUUGCCCUUCCUUCGUCUGAACCUGGGCUACUUAUGGUUGGAUUUGUCUUUUCAAUUGUAUGGCAUUUACUUGAUGCAUCAUUAGAUGAUGAAGGACUGCUGGAACUUACGCCAGAAAAAAAGUCUAGGUGGCCAACUGGUACACAAGAUGUGGAAAUAGACAGUCAUGGUAGCAUUGAUGAGAAGAGAAAAGAACGCCAUGAGGCAAUGCUCAAAAUAAAUACUAUUAUGGCUGUUGAGAUAAUUGGGGAACUUUUCAAAAAUAAGGUGACUUCCAAGAUUUUAUGCUUGGCACGCCGAAAUUUGUCCUUACACUGGGGAUGUUUCAUCCAGCAUUUGCGAUUGCUUGCUGCAAACUCAUCAGCACUGAGAAAUUCAAAAAAUAUUUCCCCCGAGGCUCUUCUUCGGUUGACAUCUGAUAUGCGUAAUGUCCUGUCUCGUGAAUGCAAAACAAGUUUACAGAAAAGAUUUCAUUCAAUAAUAGCUUCUGGGUCACUUACAUCUUCCGGUCAAGUUCAUGGCACUAGUCGUUCCGCACUUUGGCUUCCUUUUGACCUGUUUCUGGAAGAUUCUAUGGAUGGAUCACAAGUGGAUGCGACAAGUGCUGUGGAAGUUCUUACUGGUUUGUUGAAGUCUCUUCAGGCUGUCAAUCAAGCUACAUGGCAGGAUACGUUUCUUGGCCUAUGGAUUGCUGCCCUACGGGUUGUCCAGAGGGAAAGGGAUCCAGGUGAUGGUCCCAUACCUCGUCUAGAUACUUGCAUGUGCCUGCUAUUGUCUGUUACAACGCUUGCAAUUCUGAAUGCUAUUGAGGAGGAGGAAACUGUUCUUAAAGAUGGAGCUCAAUACACCAGCACCUAUCAAAUGAAAGAGAAACUUGUUCCAGGAAAAUGCCGUAGGGAUCUGGUUGCCAGCCUGCAGCAGUUGGGUGAUUAUGAAGCCUUGUUGGCUCCGCCUUUAUCUAUAACUUCAAUAGUCAAUCAGGCUGCUGCCAAAGCAAUGUUGUUUCUUUCUGGAAUUACAGUUGGGAGUGGGUGCCUUGAUGGCAUAAGCUUGAAUGACAUGCCAGUGAAUUGUUCUGGAAACUUGAGGCAUCUGAUUGUUGAGGCUUGUAUUGCUAGAAAUCUUCUGGACACGUCAGCAUAUUUCUGGCCUGACUAUGUGAAAGGCCACAGCAGCCAAAUACCUCGGAGUAUUUCUGGCCAAAUGCUAGGGUGGUCAUCAUUGAUGAAGGGGUCCUCUCUAACACCUCCCAUGGUAAAUACCUUGGUUUCAACUCCAGCUUCAAGCUUAGCAGAAAUAGAGAAAGUAUAUGAGAUUGCUGUCAGUGGUUCAGAUGAUGAGAAGAUAUCUGCUGCAACAAUUCUAUGUGGAGCGUCUCUAGUGCGUGGUUGGAAUAUACAGGAGCACACUGCUCUUUUGAUUACUAGACUGCUGUCACCUCCAGUGCCUGCAGAUUGUUCUGGGAGUGAGAGCCAUUUAAUAGGUUUUGCUCCAUUUCUGAAUGUUGUCCUUGUUGGAAUAUCAUUGGUUGAUUGUGUUCAUAUUUUCUCCUUACAUGGAAUGGUUCCACAGCUUGCUGGUGCAUUGAUGCCCAUCUGUGAAGUCUUUGGCUCACGGGCACCAAUGGUCUCCUGGACUCUGACGACAGGGGAAAAAAUUUCUUCCCAUGCUGUAUUCUCCAAUGCAUUCACUCUUUUGCUAAAGCUAUGGAGGUUUGAUCGUCCACCUCUUGAACAUGUUAUGGGAGAUGUGACUCCAGUGGGAUCCCAAAUGACGCCAGAAUACCUCUUAUUGGUGCGCAAUAAUGAGUUAGCAUCAUAUGCAAAGAUCCCGAGAGAUCAACAUAAAAUCAAGAGAUUGUCAAAAUUUUCAAGUCCAGCAUCGACAGAACCAAUAUUCAUGGAUUCUUUUCCAAGGUUAAAGUCCUGGUACCGGCAGAAUCAAGAAUGUAUUGCUUCAACACUUUCUGGUCUCAUAAAUGGGAGUCCUGUUCAUCAGAUUGUCGAUGGGCUCUUGAACAUGAUGUUCAGGAAAGUAAAUAGAGGUGGUCAGCCUACAACUUCUGGAAGUAGUAAUUCAUCUGGGUCAGCAAUGGAGGAUAACUCCCUCCAACUUAAACUUCCAGCAUGGGACAUUCUUGAAGCUGUUCCUUUUGUGCUUGACGCUGCUCUGACAGCCUGUGCCCAUGGAAGAUUGUCACCUCGUGAACUGGCUACAGGUCUCAAAGAUCUAGCUGAUUUUCUUCCUGCAUCUUUGGCUACUAUUAUAAGUUACUUUUCAGCUGAAGUAACUCGGGGAAUUUGGAAGGCUGUUCCUAUGAAUGGUACUGAUUGGCCAAGCCCUGCUGCAAAUUUAGCCACUGUUGAGCAACAGAUAAAGAAAAUUUUGGCUGUGACUGGUGUUGAUGUCCCAAGCCUUGCUGCUGCAGGGGGGAGCUCUCCAGCGACACUACCUUUGCCAUUGGCUGCACUAGUGAGCUUCACUAUAACCUAUAAAUUUGACAGGGCUGCUGAAAGUUUGCUCUAUCUGAUCGGUCCAGCUUUGAUUACCCUGGCAGCCGGUUGCCCGUGGCCGUGCUUGCCCAUCAUAGCCUCCUUAUGGGCUCAGAAAGUGAAGCGUUGGAGUGACUUUCUUAUUUUUAAUGCAUCUCGUUCUGUCUUCCAUCACAAUAGUGAUGCUGUAGAUCAACUCCUAAGAAUAUGCUUCAGAUCCACACUCGGGUUAAGUUCCUCGCCCAUCUCAAGCAAUGGUGGUGUGGGUGCUCUUCUUGGCCAUGGGUUCAGGUCCCACCUUUCUGGUAGGAUUUCUCCAGUUGCCCCUGGAAUACUCUACUUAAGAGUGCAUAGGUCUGUCAGAAACGUCAUGUUCAUGACAGAGGUAAUUGUGGUGCUUCUAAUGCAUUCUGUUAAAGAUAUUGCAAGUUGUGGGGUACAGACUGAGAAGAUGGACCAGUUGAAGAAGACGAAGCAUGGGAUGAGAUAUGGCCAGCUUUCUCUUGCUGCUGCAAUGACACGUGUCAAGGCUGCAGCUAGCCUGGGGGCUUCGUUAGUAUGGAUAACUGGUGGAAUAAGUUUGGUUCAGUCUCUAAUUAAAGAAACCUUACCUUCUUGGUUUUUAUCAGAUCACAAGUCAGAGCUGGAUGCAGGGGAAUCUGAAGGUGCGGUUGCUAUGCUGAGGGGCUAUGCUCUUGCAUACUUUGCAGUGAUUUCUGGGACAUUUGCUUGGGGAGUGGACUAUUCCUCACCGGCCUCUAUCCGGCGGCGUAAUAUUCUUGGGUCCCAUUUAGAAUUUUUGGCAAGCGCGCUUGAUGGGAAAAUAUCACUCGGUUGUGAUCACGCAACAUGGCGGGCUUAUGUAUCAGGGUUUGUGAGCUUGAUGAUAGGAUGUACACCAUUGUGGAUGCAGGAGAUGGAUGUGGGGGUGCUGAAGAGAGUGAGCAAUGGAUUGAGACAGUGGAAUGAGGAUGAACUGGCCCUGGCUCUGCUUGGCAUCAGUGGCGUCGGCGCAAUGGGUGCUGCCGCUGAAAUGAUCAUGGAUGGCGAGUUCUGAACUGGAAUAAUAUUGGGCAUACCAUUGAGUUAGAUAACUUUUUUGAGUUUCAGAGACAUUGAUGGUGUCUUUAUAAAAAUUACCGUACAAAAAUCAAUCUUGUUGCUUCAGUAGACUUAGUAGGUAUGUCGUUAUCAGUUGCUUACAGUAGAGUAGUAAACUUCUAAUGCCAGCCAAUUGGAGAAACCUAAUGCAAGGUUGGUAGGUUUUGGAGCCUUGUUCCAUCCCUGUGUAUUAUGAAACGCUAGUGAAAUGGAAAUAUGCUUUGCUCGCAA